CUCUCGAAGCUAGCUGUCAAAUCAGUCUUGAACGUAAUCUGUACAACAGAACGUCGGCUGGCUAACGCUAGCGUGUUCCGCUGCAUGUUCGUGAUGCCCGAGGGGAUUGGUAAACUUUAGCAGAGUAGAUUAAAGUGGAUUAUAGGUCAACGAGCUAAAUGUAUAAAGUGUCUGCCUUGUAUCGGAGUUGACACGGCAGAAUGUCCCAAAUGCAGCUGGAGAAGACCCCUCCCUCCCCCCUCAUGUGAAUUCAACUCAGCACUUCUGCCCAGGUAGAGCUGCUGUUACAAUACUACAGCGCGAAGAAUGACAUUUGUUUCAUUUUAAUUCCUGGAGCUGCCUCAAGCAUUUGAGCUUUGAUUUCAUAGAAAUUAAAAAGAAGAAGAAAUAAAAAGAGAGCCGCUUUCCUGUGCCAAAUUGGUCCAUAUCUCGGCUUAUUUCUCAGCACUGCCGCAGCCUAGAGGGCCAACUGUUAUGGCACUGGAGGCCCACUGAUCAGAAGGGGACUGUGGCUGCACUAGAGGAUUUCACCGUGCCGUGUGAGUAGGGACUGGACCCAGAAAGCAGGCCCACAGUGACGGACAUCAUGCUACAAGGACACUAGACCCCCUGUUUGAGCCCCUUCUGUGUGGCGUUUUUCUUCUUCUCCUUUUCCUGCAGUGUCAUUGGUUUGGAUGGUUGAGCACAAGGGCUACUUUGAAGGAGCCCACCGGUGUCUGUGGUUUGGCCAAAGCUGACAGACCGCUUGCCAGCUAUUGCUGAUUUAGUACCCUUGUCCACUGCGGCCAUUGCCGCAGCCCGCUUCGUUUUGCUCUGCAGUAUGUUGAGCGGAGGCUGGAGGCAUCGCAGGAGUGAGACUGAACCAUUAUCACCGGCGUAGCUGGUCACCUUCCCCUUUCUUUCUGUGUCGGAUUGCAUUCCAGGAGCGUUUCUCUUUCUUGGAAACGGGCCGUUUAAAAAAAUUUAAACCCCAGGACCGCUCUAGAAGAGGAUGAAGUUGAGGAAACAGGUGACAGUGUGUGGAGGGGCCAUAUUCUGUGUGGCGGUAUUCUCGCUAUAUCUGAUGUUGGACCGAGUCCAACAUGACCCUGCAAGGAGACAGAACGGCGGCAACUUUCCACGGAGCCAAAUCUCGGUUUUGCAAAACCGAAUAGAGCAGCUGGAGCAGCUCCUGGAGGAGAACCACCAAAUCAUCAGCCACAUAAAGGACUCUGUGAUGGAGCUCACAGACACAGGAGCAGUGUCUCCCAGCGGCCACCUGCCAUUUAGGAGCGCCAACGGUUCCUGGGUCCUACCCUUUGACGGCCGUCCCACCUUCCUAGCUGUCAAGCCCCAGGAUUGCCAACCUGCUUUAGGGAGCCACAAUCAAGCAGAUGUUCAGAUGCUGGAUGUGCACUCCAUCCUCAAGUUUGACAACCCUGAUGGUGGCGUGUGGAAACAGGGCUUCGACAUUACCUAUGAGCCUGAUGAGUGGGACAGUGAACCGCUGCAAGUGUUUGUUGUCCCCCACUCCCACAAUGAUCCAGGUUGGGUCAAGACUUUUGACAAGUACUUCACAGACCAGACGCAGCAUAUUUUAAACAACAUGGUGGUGAAGCUGACCGAGGAUCCUCGCAGGAAGUUCAUCUGGUGUGAAAUCUCAUUCUUCUCCAAGUGGUGGGAGACUGCAGACUUACAAAAGCAGGAGGCUAUGCGCAAGCUGAUCCUUGGAGGGCAGCUGGAGAUUGUCACGGGAGGCUGGGUUAUGACCGAUGAAGCCAGCGCUCACUACUUUGCCAUGAUAGACCAGCUCAUUGAAGGGCAUCAGUGGCUGGAGAGAAAUCUCGGCAUCACUCCUCGCAGCGGCUGGGCCGUAGACCCGUUUGGUCACAGUGCUACCAUGUCCUAUUUGCUUAAGAGGGCCAACCUGACCAGCAUGCUCAUCCAGAGGAUCCACUACUCCAUCAAAAAACACUUUUCCGCCACGCGCAGCCUGGAGUUCAUGUGGCGGCAGUCCUGGGACACCGGAUCAAGCACGGACAUCUUUUGCCACAUGAUGCCCUUCUACAGCUACGACGUGCCGCACACCUGCGGGCCCGACCCAAAGAUCUGCUGCCAGUUUGACUUCAAGAGGUUACCGGGGGGCCGGAUCAACUGUCCUUGGAAAGUGCCGCCAAAAGCUGUGGUGGAUACUAAUGUAGCAGAGAGGGCAAACCUUCUCCUGGAUCAGUACCGUAAGAAGUCCAAACUUUACCGCAGCAAGGUGCUUCUCGUGCCUCUGGGAGAUGACUUCCGCUACGACAAGGCGCUGGAGUGGGAUCAGCAGUACACAAACUACCAGAAGCUGUUCGACUACAUGAACUCUCACCCAGAGAUGCACGUACAAGCUCAGUUUGGGACUCUCACCGAGUACUUCAACGCCGUGUACAAAGCACACAAUGUGGCCCAGGGGUCCAGACCACCCGACUACCCAGUGGUCAGUGGAGAUUUCUUUUCCUAUGCGGACCGGGAAGACCACUACUGGACCGGCUACUUCACCUCUCGGCCCUUUUAUAAGAGUAUGGACCGUGUGAUCGAGUCACAUCUCAGGGGGGCAGAGAUCCUCUACAGCUUGGCGGUUGCGAACGCGCGGCAUGUGGGAAUGGAGGGGCGCUACCCGCUCUCCGAUUAUGCCCUGCUGGUGGACGCGCGGCAGUCCGUUGGCCUCUUCCAGCAUCACGAUGCAAUCACUGGCACCGCCAAGGAGAACGUUGUCACCGACUACGGCAACAAAUUACUGCGGGCACUCAUUGGUCUGAAGAGAGUAAUCAUCAACGCUGCUCAUUUCCUGGUGAUGAAAAACAAGGAGUUUUAUCGCUUUUACCAGACGGAGCCCUUCCUGGAGACGGAUGACAGACGUGCAACUCAAGACUCUCUUCCUCAGAGCACUCUAAUCGAGCUGGAUCCAUCAGGGCCGAGGUACCUGGUUCUGUUCAACCCCGUCGAGCAGGAGCGCCUAUCUGUGGUGACCGUGUUGGUCAACACGCUCAGGGUGCGGGUUCUUACCGAGGAUGGACAGACCCUCCCUGUGCAGCUGAGUGCUCAGUGGAGCUCUGCUACUCAAAUGAGUGCAGAGGUGUUUGAGGCGGCCUUCAUGGUGCGUCUCCCCCCGCUGGGCCUGGCCGUGUUUCACCUCUAUGACUCCCCCGACUCGCCCAUGACGCUGCGAUCGGACACCCUGCUCAGGCUGUCCGGUCGGGGCGUCACCGCUCGGGCCGCUGACCCGCUUCCUGUCCGCUCCCAGCAGUCCGACCCUCAGACCUUCUACAUCAGCAGCCAAUCUCUCACUCUGGGCUUCUCUGGAGCCACUGGCCUUCUAGAGAGCGUCAGGCGGAAGGAUGAUCCUCAGGAAGUGAAGGUUCAGAUGCAGUUCAUCGUCUACGGCACCCGUCCCUCUAAAGACAAGAGCGGCGCUUACCUGUUCCUGCCUGAUGGAAAAGCAAAGCCUUACAACCAGAAAGAGCCCCCUGUGGUGCGCGUCGUGGAGGGGCCUCUCUUCUCGGAGGUGGUGGCCUACUACCAGCAUUUCCAGCAGACCAUUCGCAUUCACAAUGUGCCAGGAGUGGAUGGUUUGUCAGUAGAGAUCACCACCACGGUGGACAUCAGAGAUCAGACCAAUAAGGAGCUGGCAAUGCGACUGGUCACUGACAUCCAGAACGGAGACGUCUUUCACACCGAUCUCAAUGGCUUCCAGAUGCAGCCCCGUCGCCACCACCUGAAGAUUCCCCUGCAGGGCAACUUUUAUCCCAUGUCCAGCCAGGCGUACAUCCAGGACAGCCACCACCGCCUCACGCUGCACACAGCCCAGUCGCUCGGUGUCACCAGCCUGGAGACUGGCCAGCUUGAAGUGAUUAUGGACCGACGGCUGAUGCAGGACGAUAAUCGUGGGCUGGGUCAGGGCCUGAAGGACAACAAGAAGACGACCAAUCGCUUCCGCCUGCUGCUGGAGAGGAGAUCAACGGGCAACAAGAUGAUGGACAGUGAAACAACCAGCUUCCCGUCCAUCCUGGGUCACAUGACCAACUCCUUCUUAAACCACAAGGUCUUGGCGCUGCCCGUCCUGCCGAAAAGACGCGGCAUCCCUCCCUUGCAAACCUUCGCCCCUCUCAAGUCCAUCCUCCCCUGCGACUUCCACCUGGUGAACCUGCGCAGUAUCCAGACUCAGGUGACGAGACGGAACAAAAGCGCAAUUAUUUGGCUGUGUUCUGACUUUCAAAUUGACACGUUUCUCCCGUGUGAGCAGCAGGACCCUCAGUCUCCGUCUCCUCACACGGCUCUGAUUCUUCACCGGCUGGCGCUGGACUGUGGGCUGGACGCGCCAAACCUCGGCUUCAACUGCACCACCACACAGGGACAGCUGAGCGUAUCGGGACUGUUCAAGGACGUGGACCUGCAGCUGCUCCAGCCCAUGUCCCUGACGCUGAUGCACUCCAGCACGCCUCUAGCCAACGACUCCACCAUCAGCCUGGAUCCCAUGGAGAUCUCUGCCUUCAAGCUCAAACUGCGUUAAGCUCCGUUCGGGACUAAAAGAGGAAAUGAACCCCCCCCCCCCCCCCCCCCCAGACUCCUUGCACCGAGAACCGCGUCAACGCCGGCCACGGACUGGCAACAAAACGGGGUCUGGGUCCCUCUGUUUUGUCAAGCAGAACCAUAAAAAACAAAAAAAACAAAAACCUACAGCUCGGAGAAAAAGGUUCCACUGUAACAGGACUGUCUGCACAGCAGGGGGCAGCCAACAGCUGUUACUGUGGACAACUCGGAGAGCAGCAAAACCCGGGUGGACCUCGACCGCAGCUGUUCCACAACGAGAGAGACUGCCAGAAUCGCUCAUCACACUCAUCCGGGUAUCACUUGGUUCUGCUUUGUAAGAUCUUGUGUCCUUUUUCUAACUUUGCUCCAUCCUGGACUGAACUUCUGAAUGUAAAUAUCCCAAAAGAUGGGAGGGUGGAGGGUUGGGACUUGUGCCACAUCCCAGUGCAAUUUACAAAGCUUUAUUUGGGUGGGUGGGUGGGUAUGUUAUUUUGUUCAUGUAUGCAAUUAUGAAGACACAUCACGGUGAUUUUGUUUUUAUACUUCAGUUUUUUUUUUUUUUUUUGACAGACUCGAAUGCAGCGAAGAGAAUGUGUGUUGUGCUCUCAGCUCGUGAGGAGACUCAUGCUGCAGCUCUUGAAGCUCUUAAUCGUAUGUCUAAGUCCAAGAGCCCCCCCCCCCCCAUCGGCCACUAGUAAUCAUUUAUCACAUCCAAUGACUUUUACCUUUGUGUAUGCUGGAUUUUCUUGUUGAUAGUCUGCAGACUUUCUUUCCUUCACUUGUUUUUUUUCCCUCCACGAGCUUCCUCUUUGCUGAUGAGAAAACUGUGUCUGUCGUUCCUGUGCUUGUACUUGACUGCUGCCAGUGUUUAGUGUACCAUACUGUCUGCAGUAUAGGACCAUACGAAACGACUUAACCUCGUAACCACAAGGCAGAUUAAUCUGUAUGUGUCUGCAGAGUAUCUUGUGAAUAUUCAAGGUUUUUUUUUUUUUUUUGUGUUGAGACUUUCAACGCAAACUAUCAGGGACCAUUCUUAGUACUGUGGGAUGUCUGUGAUAUCAUUGCGGCACAGAGGGAGAUUCCCAUUUGAGAUGAAGAGAAACAAAAGGGUUUGUUCACCCAAAUAAAAACCACCCGGUCUCACAUUGGGUUUUGAAAUAUCCGUUCAGAGCUGCAACUUGUGAUUGUUUUUAAUUAAGGCAAGUCUAUGACAUGGCAGGAAAAAAAAAAGUGUAAAAUGCACAAGUUAUU